AUGGAGGAUCUGCUCAAGACAGUAGUUAGUCAACAAUCCUCCUCAAUCCGUAUAGUUUGGAUAAGUCUGCCCCCGGUCUAUCCGUACCCUCCAUUACAAGUUUCCCCUAUCUUUGUUCCAUCAACCUUCUCGAACAAUGCAGUGCCGGCCAAUGCCCUCCUUCUUGUAUGCCUCAAGACUUGUCCACUCCUUGUCUCCAAGGAUCUACGUGUGUGGACGGUCGCUCUGUCCGUGAUAGAGAUCUCGAUAUUCCUCUGUGAUGCUGCAGAGUUGUUGAGAGCACAGAUGCUGAUUCCUGAUAGAGGUCUUCCUGGCCAGCUGAAGGCUGAUGGGAUCGCAAUACGUACCGGGCGCGCACCACGAGGGCAGGUUCAAUCAAUGGGAGACGUGAGUCUGUCCACUGCGACGGGAGACCAAGCCCAAUCUGGACUAGCGCAAUCACCCGCUAAUUUGAAACGCCCAAAACCUCCAUCAGAUCAAUGCGGCCAACCUGAGGCCGCCUCUCCACCACAGUACCGCGCAGUUGUACCUCCGCUCCCACUUACCUCUCAGCCCAACCAACCCGUUCCCACUCACACAACAUCCGCCCACCACCACUAUCCCACUAUCCCACCAUUCGUACCCAUCACCCCCUUGCUCCUGCUGCCAAUACCUUACUCUAGGGGCCCAGGCAAUCAGCAGAGCACGGGCGACGAGACACUGCACCACAUUGGACCGCAACAGCAACUGGAGCUAGGAACUGGGGACUGGAAACCCGACCUGGCUGGCCUGACCUGGAUCUUUCCCAAGCACCCAAGCAAGUUGAAGCAACCACAGAGACUCAGGCGCUUCCACACUCUGUAUCCUCAGAUCCUAAGGCCUGCGUCCUGCAACAGCGUCCCCAAAUCCAGCAACAACCUCGACUUGCAAUUCUCUGUCGGCAACCUAGCACUCCUCAACCGACACUCCCAAACGAUAUCCAUUUCGCAAUACCUCUUGGCCCACGAAGGCUUGUUCGAGAUACACGCUAUCGCCCACCACUACCCGCAUCGCUCCGCACCGCUCCGCAACUUCGACUCGUCGACUCGAAAAACAGACCCGCCCAACCAGCCCAACCUCCCUCCUCCACCGACUCUCGGCGCCGGCACUUCUGUCUCACACACACAUACUGCCUUCUAUCUCUCUCUCUCGCAUACGCACACGCAAACCCCGUACACGAAGACGUCCCUAUUCCUCCUCGUUAUCCGCCUGUUCCAAUCCGAACGCCCAUCGCUCAAACCCCUUGUUCUCAUUUUCGCCCUCCAAGAACAAACAUACCCUUCUCCCGACGACGCCCAUCGCCCACGAGAACCUUCCCCGACGCCCACCGCUACAUUGUCGCUGCUCCGCCCAAGCACCGAUAUCCUGAACCCGAGUCCACUCGACCAGACCGACUCUCGAGAACCCCGGACCACGAACCGCUUCAUCGAUCCUCCACCGCCUCGCCCCUCGGUCCUCGCACGAUCCCCGAUCCUCUUCGUUGCCGUCGUCGUUGUAGACGUCAUGGCUCAUGCUCCUCUCCUAAGAACAAACACGGCUCCUGUAUUCCAGCAAUCCAACGGAAUCGGCGGCCUACCCAAUACCAUGAGUAAUGCGCCCCGCGCCAGCCAGCUUUCCGGCUCGACAGCGUACACAUCCUCUGGCUCUUUCGCCUCCUUCAACAGCGCAUCCACGGUGACGCCCCCGCAAAAUGGAGGUCCCGUUCAGGCUACGGCCAACAUCAUCAACCAAAAGGCCGAUGCCUCGCGGUCCCUUUACCAGAUUUGCAUGUCGUUGAAGCAGCGAUUAUCACAGGUACCUGGCUUCGACCCCUAUCUGCAAGAGCUCGACCCCAACGACCCUGUCGAAUCACUGUGGGCCCUGUUCCGCACCGGUUAUCCGCUACUCGACAUUUACAACGCCCUGCAACCAGAGAAGCCCCUCGAGAUCGAAGGCGCAAACGCCAGUGCCAGCGACAGCAAAAAGGCAAAAAUUGCCCUCUUCAAAUUCAUUCAGGCGUGUCUAAAGGAUUUGGGUAUACCCUCGGCGGAAUGCUUCGUCAUCAGCGACGUACUAGGAAAUGACACGACUGGUUUUGUCAAGACAACUCAAGUCGUCAACUACGUUCUCGACAUCGCUGAGCAACGGGGUCUCUUGUUGCAACUCCAGCCUUAUCCCGAAGAUGAUCUUCCUAUGGAACCAGGCUCCAAGCUGAGCUACCGGGAUCAUAUCGUGAAGGAACUGGUAGACACGGAGCGAAAAUACGUCCAAGAUUUGGAGAACCUCUACGACCUGAAAAGUAGCUUGGAGACUAAGGGAAUAAUCACUGGCGACACCAUUCAUCAGAUUUUCCUCAACAUCAACGCUAUCCUGGAUUUCCAACGCCGUUUCCUGAUCCGUGUCGAGACGACAAACUCCAUGCCCAAGACUGUACAGCAUUGGGGUGCUCCAUUUGUCACAUACGAAGAUGCAUUCGACAUCUACCGUCCCUUCAUCGCCAAUCAGCGCAAAGCAGCCCAAGUCGCCAAUCAAGUCUUUGACCAGAUCAAAGCGAGCGGGCAUCCCGUGGCCGCAGACUUCAACACUUUGGAUGGCUUCCUCCUCAAGCCCAUGCAGCGUCUCGUCAAGUACCCUCUGUUGUUGAAGGACUUGAUGAAAAAGAGCGAGGACGAGGAUAUUAAGGCCGAUCUGGCAGGCGGUAUCGAGUCCGCAGAACGAGUUUUGUCAAAGGCCAACGAAGAAGUCAACCGAGAUCUGUUGGACGAGGCUCUGGACGACUUGCGAAACCGCGUCGACGACUGGAAGAAUCAUCGCGUGGAGCAGUUCGGCAGGCUGCUGAUGCAUGGUGUUUACACUGUCGUCACAGGGAAGAGCGAGCAAGAAAAGGACUACGAGAUUUAUCUCUUCGAAUGCAUACUACUCUGCUGCAAGGAAAUUUCGGCGAACAAGAGCAGGGACAAGAAGGACAAGACUAGGUCUACAGGGCCCAAGAUCAGGAACAAGAAUGCGAGACUUCAAUUGAAGGGCAGGAUCUUCAUGACGAACGUUACUGACAUCGUCUCCCUCGCAAAGCCUGGAUCCUACAUUGUCCAAAUCUGGUGGAAAGGCGAUCCUGGCGUGGAGAACUUCAUGAUCAAGUACACCAAUGAGGAGCAGAUGAAGAAAUGGGCAGUCGCCCUUGAGGCGCAACGUAAGGAGAACACGCCCAACAAAUCUGCUACGAGUCCCGACUCGGCGGCACCCGACUUUGCCUGGACACGAGAAAACGCUGGCAAGCUCGAGAACCCGUAUCUUAACCAGCAAGACGAUGACGAUGACGAGGAACUGUGGCCACCAGCCUCUGCCCCUGCCCAGUUUCCCAUGCCGACUCAGUCUACAGGAGGCAGCAUGUUGCCUCGCAACGCAUCGAGCACAAGCCUGCGGCAACGCGCCGCAACUAAUGAGAGCCUUGCCGGUAUGGUGAGGGCUCCGCCUCCUAGAUUCCCUCUGCCGCAACCACCGGCGCCUCUCAGUCUUUCGACCCAGGUGCCUGCUCCGGGUGCCUCUUCACCUGGUGCCCGCGGCGGCGACUCUUACUUUUCACCCGUAGCCGAUUCGCCUGCUUCCUCGCGCACGAGCACCGCCAGCAAUAUGUUCCCUAAUCCAGCAUAUCAAUUCCCCAAGUCGCUGACCCCUCAGCCUGGGUGGGAAGAUCCCAAUCAGAGAUACACGGCCCCCGCAAUGCCUCGAGCUCCUUCGAGAGAUGGUUCUUCGCAGCACAGGAAUCCUCGCGGGCCGUCUUUGCCGGCAAUGGCUUCCAACAGUCAGACUGCAGCACAGCAGCAGCGCAGCAGAUCGUACAGCACUCCUGAUAUCAACGCCCCCGGGAACAUUCGUCGCACUCAAGGGGGCACUCCUGUUCCGGCGGUGCCUGGCAUCCCGGCGCAUCUACACCCAGCCCACGACCAGAAUAUCCCGCGGUCGCAGACCGGCUCGCCCAGGGUAAAUGACGUUCCCAUCAGAUCAAACACGCAGAGCCCGGGCGCUCAGCGAGAACGCCAGUACGGCCACCAGCAAUCUGGAAGUUACGGUGGCACCAUGUCCCAGUUCCCCGCUCAGCCAAUCUAUCCCCGCCAGGGAACGCCAAACUCUGUCCAUGACCGGCAGCUCAGCAUUGAUGCGGCUGCGUCUAUGAAUGCCAUGUUGUCUCCUCCCCUUGGCACUGGCGGGAUCAGCGGAUCUCAGUCAAACCCGCUUGCCAGCCCCGACCUACCGAUUCCCACGCAGUUGAAGGUCAAGGUGAACUUUGUCGACAGCGGCAACUACGUCACACUGGUUGUUGCAUUCAACAUCACAUACCAGUCUUUAAUCGACCGCAUCGACGCCAAACUUGCGCGGUUCACCAACAGUAGUAUCAGCAAGGGCAUGCUUAAGCUCCGAUACCAGGACGAGGAUGGCGACUUUGUCACUAUUGCCAGUGACGAUGACAUUCAGAUCGCCUUUAUCGAAUGGCGCGAGGGAGCCCGCGCCACUGCGCCGGGAGGGGUAGGCGAGAUUGAGCUGUUCUGCGCGCAUCAUACCCAUAUACCCACCGGAGGGCAUUUCUUUGCAUACAUGGCCACGUGGCUGCUAGACUACCAUACAUCACGGGACGGUUCCAUCACGACCACAUAUUUCCUUGCCCUCAAGGACACGGUCCCCUAUGCGGGGGUUGUAUCCAAAGGCACUCAUUCACCGGAUCGCUCCUUUUCUUCUUUUUGGAAAUACUUGACAUCAAACUACCCUGGGCGACUCUGGAUGUUGCUUGCAUACGUCUCUAUGGGGUUCUUCGAUAUCGAACUCUUCAGGGCAGAUACAUCCAGGGCUCCCAUCAUUUCACUUUCACUUCUUCUCUUGGUUGAUUACUCUUUAUGGGAUGACUAA